AUGUCACAUCCAAUUCUUACAACAUCAAACGGUGCACCAGUUGAUAACAACCUCAACUCACAGACUGCUGGCAACCCAGGCCCAGUCUUGAUCCAGGACUUCCACUUGAUUGAUAAGCUCGCCCAUUUCGAUCGUGAGCGUAUCCCCGAGCGUGUCGUUCAUGCCAAGGGUGCUGGUGCCCACGGUUACUUUGAGGUGACCAACCCAGACGUGCCCAAGUGGUGUCGCGCCAAGUUCCUCAACAAGGUUGGCAAGCGUACUCCAAUCUUCACCCGUUUCUCGACUGUCGGAGGUGAGAAGGGUUCUGCUGACUCUGACCGUGACCCAAGAGGUUUCGCUGUCAAGUUCUACACCGAGGAGGGUAACUGGGAUAUGGUUGGAAACAACACCCCAGUGUUCUUCAUCCGUGACCCAUCCAAGUUCCCAGACUUCAUUCACACACAGAAGCGUAACCCACAGACCAACUUGAAGGAUCCAAACGCAUUCUGGGACUUCAUGAGCUUGACUCCAGAGUCAACUCAUCAGUUCACCAUUCUGUUCUCGGACAGAGGUACUCCCAAGUCCUACCGUAACAUGGAUGGUUUCUCAUCGCACACAUUGAAGUGGGUCAACCAGCAGGGCAAGGCCUACUGGGUCAAGCUGCACUUCAAGACCGAGAGCGGCAUCCAGAACUUCACCGCCGAGGAGUCUGGUCGUUUGGCUGGUUCCGACCCAGACUGCGCCACCCGUGACCUGUUCGACACCAUCGCCAAGGGAGGUGAGCCCGCCUGGAAGGUGAACAUCCAGUUGAUGGAGUUUGACGACGCAGCCAAGUACCGCUUCGACCCAUUCGAUAUCACCAAGGUGUGGCCACACAAGGACUACCCCUUGAUCCCAAUUGGACGCAUGGUUCUCAACCGCAACCCAGAGAACUACUUUGCCGAGGUCGAGCAGGCUGCCUUCUCGCCAUCGCACAUGGUGCCAGGCAUUGAGCCAUCGUUGGACAAGAUGUUGCAGGGACGUCUGUUCUCCUACCCCGACACCCACCGUCACCGUCUGGGCGUCAACUACCAGCAGAUCCCAAUCAACUGCCCAUACGCCGUCAAGGGUGGCGUCAAGAACUACCAACGCGACGGUUCCAUGGCCGUCAACGGCAACGGUGGUAAGGGUCCAAACUACCACCCCAACAGCUUCAACGGUCCAGAUGUUGCCCCCGAUGCUGCAUGGCACAAGUUCAACGUGUCUGGUGUCGCUGGCCGUCAGAAGUACCAGCACCCCAACUGCGACUUUGUCCAGCCAGGUGACCUCUACCGUCUCAUGGACGAGGGUGCCAAGUCCCGUCUUGUUGCCAACAUUGUUGGUCACAUGAAGGCUGUCACCAUCCGCGAGAUUCAACUCCGUGCCAUCUCCCACUUCUACAAGGCCGACAAGGACUAUGGUACCAGAAUCGCCAAGGGUCUUGGAAUUGAUGUCAAUGAUGUAAUUAAGUUUGCUGCCAGAUCCAACUUGUAA